GUGAAAAGAAUGGGCUCAGGUCGCGAGCAAGGAAUUGGAGCCCCCUGUCGAAAAUGCAAAGAGAACUGUGAAGGGUUUGAGUUACACUUCUGGAGGAAAACAUGUCGUAACUGCAAAUGUGGGCAGGAAGAGCAUGGCAUACUCCUGAGCACUGACAAGGUCAGGAAAGUGCGGAAACUCUUUGAAGAUGCCAAGUACACCAACCUGUUUUCCAAGCUGAAAUCAGAUGGAAUUCCCACGCACAAACCCAAUGUAAUGGUAUUAAGCAAUCCAGUGCAUGCCAAGGAGAAUGAUUCUGUUAACCCUGUUACCUAUGAGUGGACUCCCUCUGUACAGAGCAAGGAACUGGUCAAGAAGUACAUGCAGAUGUUGCCUAAAGAGAAGCAGCCAGUGUCAGGUUCAGAGGGGGCACAAUACCGGAAGAAACAGCUGGCAAAGCAGCUCCCUGCACAUGACCAGGACCCUUCUAAGUGCCAUGAGUUGUCUCCCCAAGAGGUAAAGGAGAUGAGGCAGUUUGUGAAGAAAUACAAGAGUGAGGCUCUGGGAGUAGGUAACGUGAAGCUUCCUUCUGAGGUGAACGCUCAAGGUGACAAGGUGCCCAACCCUGCUGGAGUCAGAAACACCACAGCAGCAGUGGAUUUCAAGAACAAGUCUACAGAGACUAAGAAGACCCAAUAUUCCUGUUACAGCUGCAAACACUCCAUGAAAGAAGGAGAGCCAGCUAUCUAUGCUGAAAGGGCUGGCUACAGUAAACUCUGGCACCCAGCUUGUUUUAACUGCAGCAUCUGUGGUGAACUCCUGGUGGACAUGAUUUACUUCUGGAAGAAUGGGAAGCUAUACUGUGGCAGACAUUACUGUGACAGUGAGAAACCACGCUGUGUUAGCUGUGAUGAGCUGAUAUUCAGCAAUGAAUACACCCAAGCAGAAAACAAGAAUUGGCAUCUGAAACACUUCUGCUGCAUUAUCUGCAACAAUGUCCUGGCAGGAAAAAUAUAUGUGAUGGUCAAAUCCAAGCCAGUGUGCAAGCCCUGCUACAUGAAGAACCAUGCUGUGGUGUGUCAAGGAUGCCACAAUGCCAUCGAACCAGAAGAGCAGAGAGUAACCUACAAAAAAUUCAGCUGGCAUGCAUCCACAGAGUGCUUCCUAUGCUCCUGUUGCAGCAAAUGCCUUAUUGGGCAAAAGUUCAUGCCUGUAGAAGGGAUGGUUUUCUGUUCCAUGGAAUGUAAGAACAUGAUGUCUUAG